AGUACGACGUGGCCUCCACGGCGAAACCAAUGUUGAUGUUUCCUUCGAGAUAAAGCAUCUGGCUCGUUUUAUGCCACAGCUAUAUAUAUCCUGGCAACUCGUUCCUGUCGAUUUCCAUAGCAACAGCUUGCAAAAGAUGGAAGGCGCCGAUCAGCAGCAGAGCAAUCCUUGCGCCAUAUGCCUCCGUGGCAUGGGCGCCGGCGGCGGGCAGGCCAUUUUCACGGCGGAGUGCUCCCACACGUUCCACUUCAACUGCAUCUCCUCCAGCGUCGCGCACGGCCACCUCGUCUGCCCGCUCUGCAACACGCCCUGGCGCGAGCUCCCCUUCGUGCGCCCCACGCCAACGCCAGUCCAAGCACAACCGGUGCCCAUGCAUAUCUUGCAACAUCGGCAACCGCCGGCCCAGCAGGCCGUGGAUCCGGUCAUCGUCUUCGACGACGACGACCAGGUGGCUGACAGCGGGCCACAAGCAGCAGCAGGUGCAUCGUCCAACGGAGCCGUGGUCGUCAAGAUGCACACAGAGUACUCUGCCCUGGCCAGGGAUGAGUCCCGCGACAACUUCGCCGUGCUCGUGCACGUCAGGGCUCCCGGGAUGUCGGUCGACGCCGAGGCGCGCGCGCCGCUGGACCUGGUGACGGUGCUGGACGUGAGCGGCAGCAUGGAGGGGAACAAGCUGGCGCUGCUGAAGCAGGCCAUGCGGUUCGUCAUCGAUAACCUGGGGCCCGGAGAUCGGCUCUGCGUCGUGUCCUUCUCCUCCGGGGCGCGCCGCGAGACAAGGCUGGCGCGCAUGUCGGACGCUGGGAAGGCGGCGUCCAUGGCCGCCGUGGACGCCCUCGCGGCGCGCGGCGGCACCAACAUCGCCGAGGGCCUCAGCACGGCCGCCAAGGUGCUCAACGAGCGUCGCCACAGGAACGCCGUCUCCAGCGUCAUACUGCUAUCCGAUGGCCAGGACAACCACACCAUGAUGAGGAGGAGACGGGGGAACGGCGGCAACUACGAGGAGCUCGUCCCGCCGUCGUUCGUGAGCACGGGCGCUACAGCAAGGUCGGCGCCGGUCCACACGUUCGGGUUUGGCAACGACCACGACGCGGCCGCGAUGCACGUGAUCGCCGAGGCCACGGGCGGCACGUUCUCCUUCAUCGAGAAUGAGGCCGUGAUCCAGGACGCGUUCGCGCAGUGCAUCGGCGGGCUGCUCUCCGUCGUGGUCCAGGACGCGCGCGUCGCUGUCUCCUGCGUGCACCCGGGAGUCCGUGUCAUGUGCGUCAAGUCCGGCCGUUACGAGAGCCGCGUCGACGAGGAUGGCCGCGCCGCGUCGGUUCGGGUCGGGGAGCUGUACGCGGACGAGGAGAGGCGGUUCUUGCUGUACUUGGCCGUGCCAAGAGGCGAAGCCGCAGACGGCGAUCAGACUGCUCUCCUGAAAGUGGUCUUCAGUUACAGAGCGGCGGCAGGCGGGGGCGACGUGAGCGUGGCGCCCGAGGACACUGUGGUGACGAGGCCGGAAGGAUACGUAGAGGCGGAACGGUCGGUGGAGGUGGAGCGGGAGCGCGCUCGGGUGGAGGCGGCGGAGGACAUCGCGGCCGCGAGGGCGGCGGCAGAGCGCGGCGCGCACGAGGAAGCGGCGGAGAUCCUCGAGAACCGGCAGCGCGCGGUGGCGCAGACGGGUGGCGGCAGCGACCCCAUGAUCACAGCCCUGGGAGCCGAGCUGCGGGAGAUGCGCGGGCGCGUGAUGAACCGGCAGAGCUACGCGCGCUCGGGGCGGGCGUACAUGCUGGCCGGCAUGAGCGCGCACGGGCAGCAGCGGGCCAACUCGAGGCAGAUUCGUUCGGGGGUCCGCCGAACAUCCAUACCGGCGGCAUAUAAUGCCGGUGGGCAGACAGUCGUCGGUGUGGUGCCGGAGGAGGAAGAGGUGCCGAACGAAGAAGCGACGAUGGCGUACGCGACGCCGGCCAUGCGCGCCAUGCUUCUGAGGUCGCGGAUGAUGUCGGCAGAGCAAGGGCACCAGCAGGCCGAGGCUGGAGAAGUCGCGGCAAGCCUUGAACCCAGGGUCGGGAAACCGUAAUGCAUUAGGGCAACGUGUCUUACACGAACUAGUACGAGCGUCAUUUCGUUUCAGCCCGCCUCAAUCGUUUGUCAUAUGUAAAAUGAGUAAGUUCUUUCACUUUUGAAAAGCAAUCAGAAACUUGUGCCAA